UAUCAUUUUAUUAUGUGGACCAAAAGAUAGCAUUAUUUCAAAACUAGAAAACACAUGCGAAGUUUGUGCUUAAUGUGCAGCAUACCUGAGCAGCAGUAAUAUCAGAACAAGAAGCAAAGAACAGAAGGAUCCAUUUCACUGAUAGAAGAUGGGAAUAAUCGGGUGCAACACUGAGGGAUACAUGGAUGACACCAAGUUCAGCAAACCCAUGCCAUGGAUUGGCGUAUACAUAGCAGCAGCAUCUCUUGCUUGUCUCAUGGCAAUGGCCUUGGAUCUCAUACACGGAAUUCGAGGUCGCAAAUUUUGGUUCCCUUGCAAAUUCUUCUGCUUAAACGCCACUUCCUUGGCCAUAAUAGCAGUUUCAGUGAAGCUUUCAGUGGAUCUCAACACCCCUAUGCCUCAUCGCCACGAUCAGCUAGCAAAACUUAGUAGCAGUGCCAUGAUCUGCACCAUCAUGGGUAAUUCCAUACUUUCCCUUGGUGUCACUGAGAACAAGGAAACCAUGAUGAACCUUAUGGCCAUGGGCAUACUGGUAAUCACCAUGAUUGUGAACAUCUGCAUCCAAUUUGCUACAGGUGUCGUCUAUGAAUUCUGGAUGGAACAUAUUGUCAUCAUGUUCCUCAUGAUCAUUUUGCUGAUGACCAUGACAUCCUCAGCUAUUGGUCUUCUAAAGAUAAAGCACUAUUUUGAGCUGAAGUACAAGAUUAAGGAAGAGGCACUGAAAGACAGUUCAAACCAAAUCGGGGAGGAAGUGAAUCAAGUUGUGAACAGACUCAGAGAUCAACUAAUGAAAAUUUGGAUGAUGACUCACACAAGCAGUCCUCAAUUUGUUCUCGGAAGGUCAGUGACAUGCACUGCUGCUGGUGCUUUCUGUCUUCUAAGUACCUUGACAUUAGUAGAGGCCAUGCUUAGAUCUUACUUGAUGUCUUGGUCUUUAAAGUUUUGCAAUGGUGACUCUGACUACAAGUGGUCCACUAUUUUGAUUCUCAUAGUUCAGGUUGCUGCAGUUGUAGUGGGAACUAUUGCACCUGCUUUUAGAUGGUUCAUUGCCAUAAAUUAUAGGUGCCCAAGUGUACGGUACAAGAGUUGCAAGAGAAUAUUCCAUGUAGAAGGAUACUGGACUACCAAGCUUACGAUGAUUAAAGAAAGCCCUCUUGGUUUUAGAAUCCAUAAUAGACAGUACAGAAAGUUAGCCCAUGAUGCAAAACUUGUUGUGUUAUGUUUCUGUAUUAAGCUUCAGAUGGGGGUUGUACUAAUGUGUAAAGCCACCCAAUAUGUUUCAAUAUCCCUUAUGUGCUGGAUUCUGAUAUGUUGUGAUUAUUGUAAGAAGUUGAAAUCCAAAUUUGAUUUCAGUGUGUCAAGUGCCAGCUCAGGGACAGAGUCAAAGCCUGACCCAAAGCUUGAUCUGAGACGUUUUGUUCUGCAUCUUGAAGGUGAGGAAGAAUUGGUUGAGGUGAUGGUGAAACAAAACCGUGAUGCCACUAAUCACUGGGUUCAAGUAGGAGAAAAGAAGCAGCCAAGACUUCUCAUGGAGUUAUUAGAGAGGUGUUCUAUUUUGAAUGGAUUCAAGGGAGUGGGAGCAUUUGACAGUGACCAAGUUCCUUCUUUACAUGCUAUAGAAGCUCCAUAUAGUUGGUCACUUCCUCUUGUGACACUAGCUAGCAUUAUAGUAGCGCUGCCAAAUAUCAAUAGGUGUUCAGUUAAAAAGUUGAUAAGUACUCUAAACGAAGGGCUCCCCUUUGUGAAGUUCAUAGAAAAUAACCUGGACAAAGAAGGAGAAUUACUUCAACUUAAGAAAGCAGCAGAAAUUGUGUGGCUUGGAGUUGAAUUAUAUGAUAAGUGGCUAGAUGUGGAUCUUUAUGCGCUCUCACUUCAAGAUAAGAGCCCCAAAGAGACACUUGAGAAGCUAGUUGAAGCUGCAAAAAUCAGGUAUGCGAAAUUCAAAGCCAAAUAUAACCACAUAUGCAUAAAGGUAAGCCCUUCAUCAUGGCCCUUCAAAGUUUUGGCAUCUAACUUCUUGUACAGAAUAAGCGAAACUGCUCUCUUAAAUAAGGAACUCAUAAAAGACAACACAAGUGAGCGGUUGUUUGAAGCACUAACAGGGAUGAUUUCUGAUAUAUUGGGUGCAUGUCUCACCAACUUACCUCUUGUUAUAUCCACCAAGUGUUUGAAUAGCCCCAUUGAAGAGAGGGAAGAUACUGUGAGACAUGCAGUUUACAUUCUUGGUAAAACCAAGAAGAUCAUAGAAAUGCUAGAAAAGAGAGCAUUUCCUCACGUGGAUUUUUGUCGGGGGACCUACAUUGAAGAUUGGCGUUUAAUGCAUAAGCAAGAGAGUUUCUUGCCCUUUGAUCCAUCUUCACUGGAGAAUGACUAUACUCUUUCAGCUCUUCCCAAAUCAAGCGACCUUCGCCUAAAUAUUGACUAAAAGCCAUAUGUAGUGAUUUUACAAUUUUGUAAAGGCUUUCAGAUUUUGCUUGGUGUACAAUGUUUAUAUAAGCUAGGAUUUGGGUGUAACAGAACCAUUAGAAAAUUUGUAUAGUAAAUCACUACUUGCUGGAAUUAAUUCCAUAUUGUAAAUGUUGAAUAUAUCUUCCAUCAACCUAAAAUAAUAUAUACUAUUUUAUAAAUAAUUAUAAUUAUAAAUGU